AUGUUUCCUGACACUCUAUUCGUUCUUUUGAAACAACUCUAUCCAAAAGUUUUCGAUUUUCAAGGACUAAAAAUUGAAUUGGUAGUGUUCUAUCGUACUUCAGUAUUUCAAAAGAAAUCACCAGUUGACUUGCUACAAUUUCUGAAACGAGAAGGCCUGGAUUCAUCAUUCAAAGAGGUGUUCCGACUAGCGAAUUUGACCUGCACAAUUCCAGCAACCACAGCAUCAGUUGAGCGCAGUUUUUCAGCGCUCAAAAGGAUCCACACCUAUAAAAGAUCGAGCCAGACAGAAGAACGACUGAGUAAUCUUGCUCUAAUGUCGAUAGAGAAGGGGCUAUUGGAGUCUUUGAGAGAGAAGAAUGACUUCUACAAUGUAGUCAUACAGAAAUUCGCAGCCAAAACCAGGAGGCCGAGUUCCUGUAUAAAUAAGAUAUUGGAAUAGAAUUACACGCAGCAAUAUUCUCAAGCUCAACAAUGGAUUACUGAUUUUUCAUCUUCAACUACAAAAUAAUUUUAAUCAAUAAAUUCUCUGAUUUCAAAAUUGAUUCUAUAAAACUAACACUUUUCAUCUCAAAAUAUUUGACGUAUUACACUACUUACAAGGUUAUGUUAUCACAAUAAAAUUUUAUACUUCAUGUUCCUGCUCGUGUUGCUACGAAAUUAUUCCUUUUGAAACAGGCUGUUCUCUCAAUACUUCUUACCGAUCCUCAAAACUACGCAUUAAUCUGGCAUUUGAAUGUUUGUCGUUUUUGCAGACAAACCCCACACAUAUGACACCAUUAUGUAACCGGUGGAGGUGGUUUUUAACCCUACACCACACCUGACAUCAUUUCUGAAACCGGAGAUAUCUUUGUCUCUAUUUAGUAAAUCUUCAAAAAUAUAAAAUAUAUAAGAAUACAUGUGGUUCGAUAGUCAUUCUUGCAGACUGGUAAUCCCGUCCUGUCCCCAAACCUAUGGAUUGGGGUUCAGUUAAGAUUUAAUUCACGAAAACGUCGA